CUUUGUCAUGAAAAAUUCACAUUGAAAUUAGCCAAUUUGUCAUGCAGAACCUGUAGGGAGCUUCAUUAUGUUCACCGAGAUAGAAAUUGAAAUCCUUGCAGUAAAGCACACGAAACACUUCUUUUUUCCUGCGAUUAUACUUUCGCUGAAGCCGAACCCGAAGCGAGUUUAUCUUUAUUCAAGUUCUACAAUCUGGGAGAACAACUGGAUUGAUAUGCUUCCAGGGUACUAAUCAAAAAAGAGGAUCCUCGUAUCUUGUUCUUGUCAAAGCAGUGCAUUGGACAACGUGUGACAUAGAAGGAACCUCGGUACUACACCGACUCGAGUGACCUCGUCCCAGUAUUUGUUAUCAACGUUGGCACUGUAUUAACUGGUGGACCUGCGCCUGCCCUUUGGUUCAAAAUGAAGGUUUCUCUUCUCGCAACGACCACGAGCCUCGCCCUGCAGGCCGUCGACCUGCAUGCGCUCAAGGUUUAUGAAUUGCAACAGUAUCGUCCUCGUGCUGAAACUAACGACAAAUUUUUAGCAUAAAUUGCAUGACAAAUUUAUUUGAAAACCAGUUGUGAAUGUGAUGCAGAAGCAGAUUCAAGUAAAAGUAGAAGCAGCUCUGUCAUGCAACUGCAAGACUAAAUUCAAAAUUUUGAAUAUUUACGAACGAGUGCGAUAUUUUUGCACAGGAUGAGGCUCUCACCAGCAACCAGCAGACCCCUGUCCAGGGCCAGCCAGCCAGCAUGCCGGCCUUGGCCGCCUGCACUUGCGUUAAUGCGAAAUCGACGUAUGCAUCGGAAUGAAUAUGUUUACGGGUUGGGAAACAAAAACUUGUGCUGUUCUUUCGAAUCAAUAUGAAUAUGUUGCAAUGAUGUAAAAUACAAAGAAGUUUUGGUAGGGGUAGGGCACUGUAGCCUGAGCGAACUGCGAGCGUAUAAAUAGUUGUAAGGUGGGCACUGCGAUUGGCAGCCGAGACCGAGAUGUUUUUGGAUAUCAUGCAUUAGUUACAGAUCACGAUAAUUCUGCACGAAGGAGAGGUUUAAGUGGGUACAACUUUCUCUCUCCCUUCCGCCCCGCCACGAUGCAUGACACUGCUUUGGAGAUGAGUCAUGCCAGCCGAGCAUGACAAACGUUGUUGCAAUAUCCCAGACCCAGGCAAUUUUGCUGUCGAUAUUGGUACUGCCCUUGGCGAAGUCGGCACCGAUCAGAAAUGGCUCACCCAGCAGGACGACGAUACGGAAUAUGGAAAGCUCUACGCGUAUUGUAAUAUUAUCGUGAUGCUGAUGGUGAUCUUUAACCUUAUGUAUCGUUCUUUCAUUCUUGAAUAUGAAUUAUCAAUUUCAUAUAUGACUACAUCGACAUGAGUAUCGGAGUUCAGUUAAUUUUCAUCUUUUUUCAUCAAACAAAGCAGCGUGUAUAAUUUUGAAAAAAACCUUAACCUAUGAAAUGUAUUAACGACAGCUCCGGUGGCGACAACUACUUUGCAGGGGGCGUCAAGGACGCCAAGGGCUUGAACAACUACGGGGAGUUUUGUGCCGCCUGGGAAGACGUCACCGCGGACCUCAACGACGGCACCAACAGUGCAAAAGGAGUUGCCGGAAUGAACAAGGACUGCGCAGUAUCACAUGGAAAAAAGGACAAAAAAUUAGGAAAUCAUAUUUGCAUGUGGAAAAACUACACAGCCUUCACCUUCAGACAUAGAUAGUGCGUAGUUUCUUUUUGAUUUUGCAUAAUCUUUAAAAGUCAAAAAAAUUUGAAUUUCAUGUUCCACCUUUUUUCCGGAGGAUAUGCAGACACUGCCACGCGGCCGAACUGGUGCAGCAAAAAAUGGUGCUACGUCAUAUGGUCGCAAACUCAGGUGUUAUAAUCAUCUCAACUGUUACAAAGAAAAUGGGAGCUCAAUAUUGUGGACCACCCGAGGUCGAGGAGAAAAUGCACAAUAUUCUGUGUCUUGCAUGACAGAGCCAAGAUAUUGUAACUACAUCUGAGCGGGCUAUACGUCAGAUUGGAAACGGAGACCCCCGGAACCGUCAAAAUCGAGAGAGACCCGCUCGACAGCAACGCGCCGGGAAACCCCGUGGGUCCGGGCUGCACCGGGCUCAGUGACGUGACCUUCUCCAAGAUAUCCAGGAAGAAAAUGUGUACGUGUUAGUGUAGGUGCCUUUUCAAAAGGCGGCAGAAAUUGUGUGUGUGUCGCUCGCAUGACAGAAAAGACCUGUGAUGCGUAGCUAGCAUACGUGAAAACGCGACGCAUGGGUUCUAUGGAUUGGCAAGUGUCGUGAUUGUUCUUGGCAUUUCUGCAUCAGAGAAGUCUAUACACCAGCACAGUUUUUGUUCUUGCAUACCAGAUCCAGGACAGCUACACUAUGACUUGCUCAGGCGGAACAAUCUCAUCAGCUGGAACGAUUUUUGAAUGUGAUGCAAAACGCGAAUCAGAUUUUCUAGUCCUCGUGGUUUUUAUUGGCAUGACGAACUUGGUAUCAAAGUCAAACAACUCUAAGCCGCACGGAAAUUUUUACCCGUACAAAAUCCUAAAUCUGCCCUGCGGAGCUGCCGGGAAACGGAGCAGUUGACUUUCCUUCUGCAGCCAUUUAUGCAUGACAGAUUUCAUUUGGUUUAUUUCUGCAUUGUUCCACUUCAGAUUGCUGCAGCUGAACACGGCAUACAGAUCUGGUACUCCUACCAGAUGUGCGAAAAAGUCUAAACACUAUGCGACGUCGUUCGGUGGUCAGAAGGAAGAUCUUGGCGCGUGUCGGGAUAUCAAAAUAAAGUACUACAGCUGACGAGGUUACUUGACGAGAAAAAUAAGGAGGCAAUGGAAUGAAUUUCCUAGCAUGUCACUAGAUAUUUUUCAAGCGACGUCGCACCAAAUUUUUAUGCAGAGGACCGAUUUCGUGUCCGUAUCUUAUUUUAAAGCGUGACUAUAAUUCAAUUUUUCUAUUGAAAAGAAAAGAAAAUGAAAAUGGGAAGAAAUAUACGACAACUCGUUGGCUGUCCUUCAGCCGAUGUAAACAGCAAACAGAAUAGCAGUUCAGCAACACGCCUGCAAAACGUGCCAAGACUUAGAUAGACUAGCAACUGUGAUUAUGAAGAUCACCAUGUAAUUGAUUGCCAAGCAAUUGAAAACACGAACGACCAUGGAAAAAAUGCAGAACAUCGGAAAUCUAAAUCCGUAUUGCCAUACAGAAAUCAGUAUUGCACAUGAAAAUCGUUUAACGAUGAACCGUGGACAAAACAGGUUGUAUGCUUUCACACCAAGAGAGGCCAAAGUCGACGCGGCGACCGCUUCCUGAUACGAAUACGGAGCGCAUUUCAUCGCAUUUCCAACGCUUUCCGUUAAAGGUUUCUGACUGUCACAAUGAGAUUAGAGAUGAUCAUUAGAGCGGAACAAAAGUAAU